AAUGUCCUUAUUAUCUGCCGGUUAGGAAUUCACUGCUAUGAGGAUAUUUAUAGUUUUCUUCUGUGCCAUUUUGGUAGUAAAUGGUACUUCUGUUGAGGUGCAGUGGCAAUCAUUUAAGGAUAACGUUGGGAGGCACUAUAGAAGCCGGUUGGAGGAAUCCAGUCGCUUCCAGAUAUUCAAAGAUAAUGUUCGCAAAGUUGAAGAACACAAUCAGAGAUUUGACCGUGGGGAGGUGUCCUAUAAACUAGCUGUGAAUAAAUUCGCUGACUUGACGGAAGAGGAGUUCAAAGCCAGAUUGAACCCACGACCAGCUGUAGAAAUUGACCAUCCAAAGGUUUUUAGUAAUGUCGGUUAUACCGAUGUUCCGGAUGAGCUAGAUUGGAGGGACAAAGGGGCAGUCACGGGUGUUAAAGACCAACGAAAUUGCUCAGGAUGUUGGGCAUUUGGUGCAACUGGUGUUUUGGAAGGCCAAUACUUCCUGAAAACUGGCAAAUUAGAGAGUUUUAGUGAACAAUUCUUAAUAGAUUGCUCUAUGAUGAACAACGGAUGCUCUGGAGGUUGGACACUUAACGCAUAUCGUAGUGUUAGAGAUAUUGGAAUGGUAACCGAUAAAAGCUAUCCGUAUGAAGCAGCAGACAAAGCGUGUAGAGCUAACGGUACAUUUUUUAAGGAUAUAGGCAUCGUUACCAUCCCUCAGGAUGAAAAUGCUAUAAAAACCGCUGUUGCAAAGAUCGGUCCAGUCUCAGUAUCUAUAGAUGCCAGUUACUUGCACCUCUAUGGAGGAGGAGUGUUCGACAACGAUAGUUGCAGUACUACUUUUACCAACCAUGUGGUGCUCAUAGUUGGUUAUGGCACUACUUCAGAUGGUAUUGACUAUUGGGAGGUGAAAAACUCAUGGGGCGCUGACUGGGGGGUUGAAGGCUACGUCAAAAUGUCUCGCAACAAAAACAGUCAGUGUGCCAUCGCCUCUAGCGCUGAUUAUGUACUCAUAUAGGAAAUCACCGGAUACAAAUUUUGUGAAAAAUCGACUGCUUAAAUAAAUUUGAAAUGUGUAUUUGUUUUUUUA